CUGACGAAGACAUAGAAACUAUAAACUGUUCUAGUGUUGAGUGAGGUCGAGACCCGGCAUGGAUAUCAACAUAGGAGGACACGUAGAGAAGGUGAAUGGAAGAGAAUUGACUUAUCGGGAAUUUGUGAACCGAUACAUGGAGAAGAACCAGCCCGUGGUGCUCACAGGACUAAUGGACGAUUGGAGGGCUUGCAGAGACUGGGUCACCGAUAAUGGCCAACCCAACCUUAAGUUUUUUUCUUCCUCUUUUGGGAGUUCUAAAGUUCAGGUUGCAGAUUGUGGCACUAGAGAAUUCACGGAUCAGAAAAGGGAGGAGAUGCGUGUUUCAGAUUUUAUCAUGCGUUGGCUAGAGCGUUAUCCAGUACAGCCUAAUACUGAAAAUCAGACUAGCAAUGAUCAUUGCUCUGUGCUGUAUUUGAAGGACUGGCACUUUGUAAAGGAGUAUCCGGAGUAUUUAGCAUACAUCUCUCCACUGUUCUUUCAUGAUGAUUGGCUCAACCUCUACCUCGACUACUACAAAAUGCAUACAGAUCCUGACAGUUAUCAACAAAAUAAUGAAAUAUGUUGCUCUGACUAUCGAUUUGUUUACAUGGGGGUAAAAGCAGGAUCUUGGACUCCUCUUCAUGCCGACGUUUUCAGAUCAUAUAGUUGGUCAGCAAAUGUCUGCGGGAAGAAGAGAUGGCUUUUUCUAGCUCCUCCUCAGAGUCAUCUUGUAUUUGAUAGGAAUGUGAAAAGUUGCGUGUAUGAUAUCUUUGCUGAAGUAAGUGAAUCAACGUUUCCUGGCUUUGGAAAGACUAUCUGGUUAGAAUGCGUGCAAGAAGCAGGUGAAAUUAUUUUUGUUCCCAGCGGAUGGUAUCAUCAAGUUCAUAAUCUGGAGGAUACUAUAUCUAUAAACCACAACUGGUUCAAUGCGUAUAACCUUUCUUGGGUGUGGAACUUGCUUUUGAGCGACUACAAUGAGGCCAAGGAAUACAUUGAGGACAUCAGGGAUAUAUGUGAUGAUUUUGAGGGUCUCUGCCAGCGCAAUCUUUUUGCUAACACAGGGAUGAACUUUUAUGACUUCUUUACUUUCAUAACAUGCUUUACCCUGGCCAACUUGGCAUUGCUUUGCUAUCUAAGUGGAAAAUAUGGAAACACCCCUGAAAGCUCACUGACAAUGACUCAACAUUUAGUUUUAAAUCUUGGGUCAGUAAGGAAGGUUGCAUUAGAGAUGAAAAGCAAGCAUGCUCUGGAUGGAAAUCAUGACUGCUUCCUGGACAUUAUGAAAAUAUCUGAAGACCCUAGGUUUUCUAAAUUGUGUGCGCAUUUGAGAAGAAUAUUUGUGACGAUACAUGAGCAGCCAUAUUUGUCUUCUGAGUUUGACAAAUCUGCAGUUGAUUAUCUGAUGGGCCUUAAUGUUUUGCAAACAUGCUCUUCUUCUCGGAUCUACGCACCUGAAGAUCUCAUUGAACUUAUAGACAAUGCUGUUGGGGAACUCGGUGACAAUUACACUCGGGAGCUGUCUGCUAUACAUGCUGGUUGAAUGCCCUGUUGAGGAUCCUGGCUUCGGCAACUAAUUGCACUUCACCUUGCAUGCAGGUUGAGCUAAAAGUGUCACGAUCACUUCUGCUCCAUUUAGUGUUAAACAACUUGUCUCUUUGUUUUAACAACAUGCUUUUCCUUCAUAAUAAUUCCUCCAUUUUCCUUUUUUGGUCCAUUGUCUUCCAGAUUUUCCGUAUAUUCAGGUUUCCCCUCCAUAUUAAACUAAAAUAGAGAUUAACUUUCGCCCCGACUACAAAUACUGCCAAGCUGUAUCGAGUGCAAUACUGAUGGGGAUAUUGUCGAUAUGGAAACUUGGAAGCAGGGUUUCUUCUGGAAUCAUCAUUACCUAGAGAGACUGUCUUGGACGCCUUCUUUGACUGCGUAAAGGAGGUUUAGAAUGUCUCCCACGCCAAGGAGUGGGGUCUGGGAGUUCUCUGGGACCUCUUUGACGUUUACCUUUCACAAGAUGGGAGACCUUGGUGACUGGGGGUCCCCACCACCUGUGGUUUGCUCCAUUUAGUAUUGUUUAUCUAUAUCCAUGAUCAUGAUGCACCCCAAGUUGUAGCGUUCUAGGGUAAAUACAGUAUUUUAUUGCUUUUUUUUUUUAUUACAGUAUCAGAACGAUCAUUUAUUCCUUGAAGAGAAAGCAUUUACUUUUCGUCUGUCAUGAA